UCGACCCGGCCGAAGUAAUCGGGACUGAGGAAAGACUUUACCGCCGCCGCUGCCGCCGCUUCUCUCCCGUCCUGUUUUUUUUUUUUUUAAAAGAAAGGAUAAUUACACGAAACUACACACAAGUUUGUGUCGGAGUUACCGGAUUUUACCGGCUGUGCUCGGAUUCAGCCGUUACUUUCUGCUCUCCGCGGCUCUCCAGACUGCUCGUUCCCCCCGCUGCUGGCGGUUAGCAUCGGUUACUGCUGCUAAACAUGGUGGCCUGUAGGCAAGGAGACGAGGCAGCGACCACAGUUUCAGGGGCUUUUUAACGGAUUUUAACGCCUCUCCCGUGGACCGUGGAUGAUUGUUGGUCACUUUAAACGUGUUCAUUGAAGUUUUAGCUCCGGGAAAAGUUGUAUAAACAGCGCUCACAAGUGGAAACACGGCAACACUGUGGUGUGUUUAUAUCACGGAUGACUUCACAUUGAAAUGAAUUGGGGCACAAGUGCAGCCCACUGGAGCCACUUUACCCGGUGAGAUAGUUCCUGCUACCGACCCCCCCCUUCCUCCAUUUAUGAAGUUUGAUUCGUUGUGGAUUAUUAUGGGUUCUUUUUAUGGACUAAUCCAGACCGCGCCGCACCGGGAUCUAUGUGGGAAGAUCUGAUGAUGAUGAUGAUGAUGAUGAUGAUGAGGGAGGAAAGCGAUGGUUUCCCUUCGUUGUGAUUUUGAGUAGAGAGGAGUUAAUUACAUGGAGACUCGCCUGACAUGCCAAGGAAGGAGUUGCCACUACCUGAGGGUUGGGAGGAAGCCAGAGACUUUGAUGGCAAAGUCUACUACAUUGACCACAUUAACCAUUGCACGAGCUGGAUCGACCCCAGAGACAGGCACACGAAGCCUCUGACGUUUGCUGACUGCAUCGGGGAUGAGCUGCCGGUCGGCUGGGAGGAGGCGUACGACCCCGCCGUCGGAUCCUACUAUGUCGACCACAACACCAAGAGCACCCAGCUGGAGGACCCGCGGGCGCAAUGGCAGCGGGAGCAGGAGUCCAUGCUGCGGGACUACCUGGCGGUGGCGAGCGACGCUCUCAGCGCCCAGAAGGAGAUCUACCAGGUGAAGGAGCAGAGGCUCCGCCUGGCGCAGCAGGAGUACCGGCAGCUUAACGACGCCUGGAGAGACAAGUCCACCUCGCAGACCAGCUUGAAUUCAAGGUCGUCGUCCUCCAGCAAGUACGACCCCGACAUCCUCAAAGCAGAGAUCGCCACGGCCAAAAGUCGGGUGAACAAACUGAAGCGGGACCUGGCCUGUAUGAAGCAGGAGCUGCUGUAUAAAGAACAAGGCUACGAAACCCUCAAAGAGAUCGACCAGAAGGUGUCCAACAGCCCGUAUGGCUUCAAGCUGCAGGAGGCGCAGGCCAUCCUCAGCGAGGUCCGCUCCAUCAGGGACGCCAUCAGCUCCGGGGAGAAGGAGAAACAGGAGCUCAUGCAGAAACUGGCCGUGUUGAAGGACGGCUUCCAGCUGGACUCAGGCUCCCAGCAGGAGCUGUGGGGCAGCAGUCCCUCGCUCGCCAACUCCGAGCUGUCCAUCCCUCCACUCUACUCGGACGCCGGCUCCCAGACCGACAUCCCUGCUGAGUUCAUGACGAGCACCAACAAACUGGCCGAGAAGGUUCGUCUGAGCCUGAAGUACGAGGAGGCCAAGAGAAGGAUCGCCACCAUCGAGGUCCAGAUCGCCAAACUGGACAGCGAGGCAUGGCCGGGACUGCUGGACCCGGAGCGAGACCGCCUGAUCCUGAUCAACGAGAAGGAGGAGCUUCUGAAGGAGCUGCAGUACAUCAGCCCGCGCCAACGCCUGCAGCCCAACGACGCCGAGAAGCUGGAGACGGAGAAGAAGCGUCUGGAGAGAGACCUGCAGGCGGCGAGGGACAACCAGAGCAAAGCCCUGACCGAGAGGCUGAGACUUCACUGUAAGAGGAACAAGCUGGUGAGGGAGCUGGAGGAGACGGUUCGACUCGCCUCGUCACUGCACACUCAACUCAAAAGCCUCUCGGCGAGCACUCUGUCCUGUUCCUCCGGCAGCAGUCGAGGCUCCCUGACGUCCAGCCGCGGCUCUCUGGCCACCACCUCCAGCCUUGGCUCCGCCUCCUCGCUCAGCUUCACAGACCUGUACCUGGAGCAGCCCGAGCUGGCCGACCCGGACUUCCAGAACAAGCUGGACAGCCUCCUGCAGGAGGGCGGUCAGGGCGGCUACCGGCCCUCCAGCUCCAUCACCACCAUCCACGAGCACGAGGUGGUGACAGCCAGCGGGGGGAGGGAUGCGGCGAGGCCUGAGGAGAAGGCCAGCGGGGUGGGGGGAGACGCCACCGGAGGAGGUGCAGGAGGAGGAGGAGGUGGUGUCGGAACGGAGUCGGGGUCGUCCAGGAUCCAAGCGCUCAGACUGUCAGAGACUCCCCGCUCCAUGAGCUCCCUAUCCCCGCGCUCCUCUCUCUCCUCGCUGUCCCCGCCCUGCUCGCCACUGGUCACAGACACUAGUUUCCUGUCAGGAGAGACGUUUGCAGGUCAGACGGGGCCCGGCGGCCUCAGCCUGGACCUGGAGCUCCACAGCAGGCUGGCAGAGCUGGAGCUCAGUCUGGACCCUCAGGAGGAGCGGGAGGAGCACGGGGGUCACAGGAGGCGGGGGGAGAAACAGAACCACAACACAGCGCUGAGCGAGGACGUGAAAGACUCGACUCCACAGCUUCGAGGGACGGCGGCGGGGCCAAAGAAGAUCGGCGUGACCUCUGCGGUGUCUGACGAGUCGGUGGCUGGUGACAGCGGCGUGUACGAGCCUUCGGAGCGCAGGCUGGGCCUCCCCGCCGACCUCCUCCUGGGCUCCUACGAGGAGCGGUUGGCGUUGGGCUGCUCUCAGGUUCAACUCGGCUUCCGCUACGAGUCCAGAGAGCAACGCUUCACCGUCUACGUCAUGCAGCUGUCCAACUGCAGCGCCCUCUGUCUGCCGGCUGACCAGAAAAUGUACGUGCGUGUGGCGGCGCUGCCCUGUGUGGAGACGACCCGCUGCCUCUUCAGAACACGUGGCGCUCUGCCUCAGGACGUCGUGGAGGUCAACGAGGUGUUCGGCAUGCAGAUAUCCCACAGUGCAUUGCGGCAGAAGACGCUGCGGGUCGAUGUGUGCAACACCAGCAAGUCGGGUCAUGAAGACUGUCUGGCGGGCGCUCAGAUCAGCCUGGCUGACGUCAGCUGUUCGGAGGAGAGAUGCACAAAGUGGUACAACCUGCUGAGCCGAGCCUACAUGCCUGAGAUCAGCAAAGAGGAGAAAGAGAGGCGAGCAGCCGGCGCCGCCAACAGGACUGCAGUGAUUUCCAGCGUGUCCAGAGUCGGCGCUCCUGAAGACGAUGAGUGGCACGGCGACGUCCUGGAGGCAGACAUGUUUGAUGAUGAAGAAGGAAACGGAGAGGAAGGGGCGGGGCCUCUGGAGGAAGAGGAGGGGUUCUAUCCUGACAGCAGCCAAUGGGAAGCAGAGGAGGAGGAGGAGGAGCAUGUGACCAAACCUCCUCCUCCUUUCCCGACAGCAGCGAUCACAGAAAAGGUGAACAAGGAGACGAGCACAGACAGCUCGUCACGCCACCACUCGGUGGUUCGACCGAAGGAACGGCGCCCGGACGUCCGACAGCAGAACCCGUUCAUGAGGGGGAACACCAUCAUCCGGUCCAAGACCUUCUCCCCUGGACCCCAGAGCCAGUACAUCUGCAGGAUUAACCGCAGCGACAGCGACAGCUCCACGCUCUCCAGGAAGUCUCCGUUUGUCAGGAACGCCUCCGAGAGACGCAGUGUGCGUAUGAAGAAGCCUCCUGUGCAGGUUAAAGGUCUGGACGGUCUGCUGCGGACCUCCCUGGACCUGGAGCUGGACCUGCAGGUGUCUCGGACUCGGCAGGCCCGGCUGGAUCAGGAGCUGCGGGUUCUGCGGGAGCUGAAGACGCAGCUGGAGGCGGCGAGACAGCAGGGCCGGAGAGAGCUGCCCACCUGGGUCCAAGAGGACGAACGCUUCCGUCUGCUGCUCAAGCAGGCCGAGAAACAGACCCGAGAGGAGCAGCUGCAGGAGAAGCGUGUGGAGAAGAUGAUGAGAGCAGCAGCGAAAGACGUCCACAAGAUCAGAGGCCAGAGCCGCAAGGAAGUCCCUGAAGUCCAGACCUUCAGAGAGAAGAUGGCGUUCUUCACACGAGCAAAGAGCAGCAUCCCCGACCUGCCGGCUGACGACGUGUAGAGAAUCAUUUCAAAGUAUUUCCUUCCUCCUGAGUCUCACCUGCUGUUCAGACACGAAGCGAGCGCUCUGCGGUGACAUGAAGAAGCCAGAAGACGAGCGGCGUGUCGGAGUAGAAACCAUGAAGGAGGCGCCGGGCGUGACGUGGAUCGUGUUUGUUAGUGAUAGCACUGUUAGAGCUCCACUUCCUGUUUCCUGUUACUAACCGGCUGUUGAUAGGCUCGUACGUGUUUCCAAUCAUUCCAGAGUCACAUGUGUGCUUGUUUUUAUACUGACAUUAUGACUCUAAAUAUAUAAAUAUGAACGUCUAACGAAGGCACAAAACAACAAACGAUGGUACUGAAGAAACAUCUCAACGUACGAGAUGUUUCACCUCUUUUUUAAACUUUAUAAACAAACUUGAGCACACAUGAAGUUCCUCUGACUCCCGACUUCCACAUACUCAGUGCACGCCGCCGUCUGUCAGCACAGCGCACUGCGCCGGCCCUCACUGUCACUCGAGUCAAUGCUCCUGUUUCCACAGUUAGCGCUGCGUCACUACGCUCUGCUCUGUCUUAAAUACACUGUGAGUCUGCAAACACACGUCAAGCUGGACAGAAAAUAUCGACAGGAAGUGAGAGAAGAAAACGCACAGAGAGUCCGGUCAAUUUCAAAAUAAAAC